UGAAAUGAAGUCACGUGAAGGCCUCUCAAGCCUCUUCUUUAAUCUCCCUCACAUCCUUAGUAUAUAACUCCCCCUUUAACACUAAUAUUAACCUCCAUUUCCCCAUAUAUCCCCAUUCAUGGUUCUUGCUUUAAUUAAUUACUCCACAAUUUUCUUUCAUCUUAAGAUCUUCCUUUGCCAAUGACACCGCUCUAUGAUCUCAACUCACCACCCUCUCCCUUUCCCCUAGAGGAUCUAAAACACCACCACCACCACCAUCUUCAGCUUUUUCUGUCACUCCCCCAACAUACUGCUUCUUCUUCAUCUGCUCAUCAUCCUACUUUCUUUAGCAGUACUGAUGCUGCUGCCACUCAUAAACCUCAAGAACCAAAACCCUAUGAUCUCAAGGUCAAUAAUUACGUGAGUCAUGAUGGAGGAGGUGGAUCAAGCGAUAUUCAACAGGCGAUAAGCUCAUCGUCAUCAUUACUUGAGUCUGCUGCGGUGGAUUUAUCCUUAAGUAGAAAAAGAAAAGAUGAUGGAGAUGAUUAUGAGAGUGUAAGUGAUCGUAAUAAUGGAUCAUCAGUGGAACUGAAAUGGAUGUCUUCUAAGAUGAGAUUAACGAAAAAGAUGAUGAUGAACUCCAAUUGCAGUGGUCCUCCUCCAUUACCACAUAAUAAAGCAGCAGUGAAUGACAGUAAAUAUCAAUAUCCGAUUCAGGAUAGCGAUGAAAAAUAUUAUUUCAGUAAAACUAAUAACACCAUUAGAGUCUGCUCCGACUGCAACACAACCACGACGCCUCUUUGGAGAAGUGGGCCUCGAGGUCCCAAGUCUCUUUGCAAUGCUUGUGGGAUUCGGCAAAGGAAGGCAAGACGAGCCCUGGAAGCAGCGGCGGAAAAUGGAGAGACUGUUGCAGCAUCGAUGAAGAUUAGGGUACACCACAACAAGAAGGAAAUAAAGAAAUCACGUACUGUUGGACAAUAUAAGAAAGAGUUGAAGAGUAAAUCAGGCAAUACCUGUCUUCAUCAUCAUCAGAAGAAGAGGAAGCUUUGUUUUAAGGAAAUUACUCUAAGUUUGAGCAAGAAUUCAGGUUUGCAGCGUGUGUUUCCUCAAGAUGUGGAAGACGCUGCAAUCCUCCUAAUGGAGCUAUCUUGUGGCCUUUUUCACACUUGAGAUACUUACUAUUAAUAUUAUUAUUAUUAUUAUCAUUUUAACGGGUACACGGCGGUUGACGGUAUCGUUAGCGAGUUUGCAGGUUAUCUUGUGACUUUUUUCACUAAUAAAUUUUGUAGCUUUUAUGACAGAAUUGAAGUGUAUGUACCCAAGUUGUAUGAAUUUAUAAAUGUUUUCUGAGAA